AUGGAUGAUCUGAGUGGUGAUGAAUACGUGGAUGCAGACAAUCAUCAAGAAACCCAACAACAAUGUAGGGGUUUGUCAGACGAUGAUUGGGAGUCUGAUAUGCUUGUAACUCCUGAAAACAGUACAAUGGUAGAUUACAAGUGGGAAGUGGGCACCAUUUUUAGUGGGAAGGAAGACUUUAAGGAUGCUAUUAGAAGGUAUGCUGUUCAUGCUGGGAGGGAUCUAAAAUUUGUCAAGAAUGAUAACCGUAGGGUGAGAGUGAGGUGCAUGGGUGCCCAAGGUAAGUGCCCAUGGGUAGCUUACUGCGGGUACUUGCCAUCACGCAAAAUUUGGCAAUUAAGGAAGAUAAUUGAUACUCACGGUUGUAGUAGGCAACUUAACAUCAAACUAAUGAAUGCUAAGUGGUUGAGUCAGGAAAUAGAUAGGUCUUUAGUUGACAAUCCUAAUUUAAGGGUGAAUGAUAUUCGUACUAAAGCAUUAAGAAAAUGGAAUUCAAAUGUGUCAAUAUCCAAGGCACGGAGGGCAAAGUUAAUUGCCACAAGACAGGUUGAAGGAGAUUUCAAAGAACAGUAUAAAAGGAUAUACGACUAUGGACAUGAGCUGUUGAGGUGUAACCCAGGUUCAACAGUGCAGAUUAAAGUUGAGUCUCAUAAUGGUGACCCAAUCUUCCAAAGAAUAUGUUUUUUGAAAGGUUAUUACAAGGGGGAGCUGCUCACUGCUGUUGGUAGGGACCCAAACGAUCAAAUGCUACCCCUUGCCUAUGCAGUAGUAGAAGUGGAGAACAAAGACAUCUGGACAUGGUUUUUGCAAUUAUUAAUUCAAGACCUCGGGGGUAGUCAAGUAUGUGGUGGGUGCACGUGGUGGGUGCACGUGGAUGUCAGACCAGUAGAAGGGGUUGGUCCCAACUAUCCAGGAGCUUCUGCCUGGGACAAAACAAAGAUUCUGUCUCAGGCACCUGCUUGGGAGAGAGAGAUGCUGAAAAUUAAAGAAGUCAAUAUUGAAGCAUAUAAAUACCUCAUAGGCAUUCCCCCGAGGUUUUGGUCAAGAUCUCGCUUCACAAGUCAAGCAAUGAUUGAUACACUAGAUAACAACAUCAGUGAAGCUUUCAACAGUGUUCUUGUUCAUGCAAGAGGAAAACCAAUUAUCACCAUGAUGGAGGAUAUCAGAGUUUAUCUCAUGAAAAGGUGGGCCACGAAUAGAACCAAGGUGGCAUCUAUGGACUUCACAAUAUGCCCAAAGAUAAAGAAGAGACUUCAGAAGGAAUGUAAUCUGUCAAGAUUUUGGGUGCCAAGCUGGUUUGCACGAAAGAUUUUUGAGGUUAGGCAUACUUCAUCAGUUGGGAACAAGUUCACACUGGACCUGGACACAAAGGAGUGUAGCUGCAGAAAGUGGAUGAUCAGUGCCAUCCCAUGCUGUCAUGCAAUUGUAGCAAUGAACUACUCCAACGUUGAUCCAGAGAAUUUUAUCCCCACUUUGUUCACAAGAUCCACCUAUGAAGAGGUGUAUGCGUCCAUAAUUUUUCCACUCAAUGGCCACCUACUAUGGGAAACCACAAAUUUCAAUGAUGUACUACCACCAGUGAUGAGGAAGAUGCCUGGGAGGCCAAAGAAAAAAAGGAGGUUGGAAGCAUGGGAGCUAACUAAGGAUGACACUCAAAUGCGUGUUGGUGGGCAUAGGAAAAAAUGUAGUAUUUGUCGUCAGAGGGGGCACAAUAAGAAUAACUGCCCUUUAAAGCCCUAG